GAUGAGAAAGGAAUAGGGCAUACUUUCAAUUAGAAACAGGAGAAGUAGGAGAGCGUAUAGAAGAGACAAUGAUUGGACCUUUUGGAUUAGAGAUUCCUUAUAAAACCUCAGAACACAUUAUUCCAAAGAAUUUGAACCACAAAUGGCUUAAAGAACACGAAUGUGAUCCUGAUAAAAAAGAAAUAAAAGAAUUUUUGUAUAAAUAUAGAGAAAGGCAAGCUUUGGAAGAAAGAAGAGCUAAAGUGAGAAACUUUAAUCAUGUGAUUAAUUUAAUGAAUCGAUUUCCCAAUCUGGAUAUGGAAGCAAUUAAAAGAGAUUAUCCUGAUGUGGAUAUUGAAAAAGCUAAAGCCAGUAGAAAAUACAGACCCAUGUUUCACAAAGAUUAAUUCGAUGAUGUAGAUACUCUGGUAGUGUAUAUUUUCCAUUAUUACAUUUAGUAUUGAGAAAUCUU